AAACAGCAAACCACAGCCCUGCAUCAUGGAUGAGUUCAAACUUCGAAGUGUAGACCUGCAACAGGUGCAAAACCAGAUCCGACACAAGACCGACGGUCUGAGUUCCAGCACUCUGGUUCUGCGGAGAGGACAAGCGUUCACAAUGCUAAUGAGCUACGAAGGGCGGCCAUUCGAUCCGAUGAAGGAAAAUCUGAUCUUCCGAAUUGUUCUAGGUCCACUGUCUGUGGAGGUCCCGGUCACCAGACUCGGACAGCCCUCUCUGAAUCAAUGGAGCGCUGUUCUGGAGAGGAGCUUCCCGAACCCGACUGGACCCCGUGCUCUUUUAGUAUCACUGUCCACCCCUGCGUCUGCUUCUGUCGGAGUCUACACACUCCAGCUGAGAGUCGAGACCCGUGUGACUGUGAAAACACACCUGCUCGGCCAGUUCACACUCCUCUGCAACCCCUGGAGCCAAGCUGAUUCAGUGUUCCUGCAGUCUGAGGAUUUGAGGACUGAAUAUGUCAUGAGUGAUAUUGGCCUGCUGUUUAAAGGCUGCCCCGGGAACAUCGUCUCCAGACCCUGGUCAUUUGAUCAGUAUGAAAAAGGGAUACUGGACAUCUGUAUGAAAUUGCUGCAGUUGAGCCCUCAACAUCAAGCAGAUAUGGGUAAAGAUCUACUCAACCGCAGUAAUCCGGUUUACAUCGGCCGCGUGAUCUCAGCGAUGGUGAACUCUAAUGAUGAUAAAGGGGUAUUAAUGGGAAAGUGGUCAGGUGACUACAAAGAUGGUGUCAACCCUUCACAGUGGACCGGCAGUGCAGAUAUUCUCAGGAUGUGGGCAGAAACACAAUUCAGGCCUGUGAAAUACGGACAGUGCUGGGUGUUUGCUGCUGUCAUGUGUACAGUAAUGAGAGCUCUUGGCAUUCCGACUCGAGUCGUCACCAACUUCAACUCCGCUCACGACACAAACAGAAAUAUGGUGAUUGAAGAAUAUUACAAUGAGAUGGGGGAAAAAUUGCCUAUCAACAGAGAUAGCAUCUGGAACUUCCAUGUGUGGGUGGAGAGUUGGAUGAAGAGACCUGAUCUGGGUCGAGGUUAUGACGGAUGGCAGGUUCUCGACCCCACGCCACAAGAGACAAGCGCAGAUAUGUUCCGCUGUGGCCCUGCUGCUGUUACAGCCAUUUAUCAAAGGCAGGUGAAUGCGCAGUAUGAUGUGCCAUUCGUUUAUGCUGCAGUGAAUGGGAAUGUGCACACAGUAAUAAUCAGAAAUGGGAAAGUAUUAUCAACCAGCAUUGAUAAACGCAGAGUUGGAGCUCUGAUCUGCACCAAACAUCCAGGAUCCAUGCGCAUGCAGGACAUCACGUCUGAAUACAAAAAUGAGAUGGAUGACAGCAGAGGUCAUGAACUGAGCGCUGAUGCUCGCAGAGGUGAAGGUACUGCAGGAAUAGUGGCACCUCAGGGCCUUGAAGUCUCUCUCCAGCUUCUGAAAGCCCCUGUAGUUGGCGAAAACAUUUCUUUCAACGUCAUAAUCACAAACAAAGUCGCUGUUCCGAAACUUCUGAGAAAACAUUUGAACGCUCAGAAUAAGGAGUACCACUGCAAUCCCACUGGAGCCUUCUGGGAGGCGCAUGAUGACAUGAAGAUCGGCCCGAAAGAAACUGUGACUAUCAAACACGAGAUCUCCUUCAAGGAGUACAUGCGGAAGGAGACUGAGGAGGAUUCUCUGGUUAACCUGGCUGUGGUUAUUGAGGAUGUGAAGUCUCAAGAGAGAGUGCUGGCUUCAGAAGAGUUCAACAUCCGCACCCCUUCCCUCAAUGUACAGGUUCAGAAUGAGUAUGUGGUCAUCAACAUGCAGCAAGAGGCCACAGUGACCUUCACCAACCCAUUCAGCACUGCAGUGAGCGGUGAACUGACUGUGGCAUGUUCAGGACUUCAGGAGAAGGUUCAAACAAGGCUUAUGAUCCAGCCUCGAGAAACCAUGAGGAUCCCCAUUAAUUUCACUCCCAGGAUGGCGGGUGCCAGGAUGCUUUACGCUAGUUUAGUGUUGAUGAAUCCUCCCACCAUCCUGCACGGAUUCAAGACUAUCAAUGUUCAAGAAUCUUAGAGUCAAACAACUUUAGAAAGAAUUGUGAACCCUCUUACUUUUAAUGCUCCUCUAAUACAUUAUGUGAAUUCUUCUAAAAUACGUAUAAUGUGUCCAACACUUUUCAACAAGUCAGUAUUAGAAAUGUUUUCUCUGUUGUGAACUAAUCUGUCCUCUGCUGGAAAAUGCAUGUGAGGAGAUCGCAAACAAGUAUAACACAUGGACAUAUGUAUUUUUUUGGCUAAAUAAUCUUGAAUACUGAUCAGAGUGAAUCAGUUAUGUUUACAGCGUAAAAAAAAACUAAAAGCAAUAAAGGUGUUUCAGAGGCUAGUUUAGAAAAAAAUAAUAAUAAUAAAAUAAAGAGAGAGAGAGAGUGAGAGAGAGAGAGAGAAAAAGAGAGAAAAAAUAAAGAAAGAAAAAACACCACAUUAGUGCUUCUGCAACUUUAGGCACUUUUCUUUUUUUGUCCCAGUGGUCUUUUUCUUUUAUUUAUUUAUUUAGUUAGUUAGUUAAUUGACAUUCAAAUUAAAACUGUCAUGGAAUCCUUCUACAAUGCCCCAUUGUUGUUGUUAAAAUAUGCACCACACUGAACCACAACUAAAAAUAAAAUAAAAUAAAAUAAAUACACACAAUUAAAUAAAUAAAUAAAUGGAUCUAAUUUUAAAGUAAAUCCGAAAUACUCUCACAUUCUUAAAUCUAUAUGAGAAAUAGUAAUGAUGGUAAUACCACAAACUAAGACAAAAACACUGCAAAAAAAAAAAAA